AUGGCUUCCCGAGAUGCUGGGACGGCCUUCCUGGAGACGGGGCUGGACGCCCCGCCCUGGGAUGCCCACUCGGUGUGGAAGGGCCAGUGGCCUGGAUGGGACUUCCACCAAACCCGCCAGCCCAACCUCGGCCGGGCCCGUUGGGAAGUUCACACUACCAGCCGCAAGGCAGCCCUGCGCCCCAGCACCGCACUGCUCCUGGGGUCCCAGCCCAUGGGCCGCUGGCCAGGGAGCCUCCAAGAAGAUGGGGAGUCAGGAGGGCACCGUGCAGGGCUGCUGGGUCUCCCCUCCACCACCCGGCUCUAUGUGGUGAGGGACACAGUCAAGGCUCCCUGGGGGCUGCCGGCCACGGGCGCUGCCGGGAGUUGGGUCCUGUGGACUCUGUCCCCUCCCCCGUGUCCUCCGGCAGCCAUACCUGCGUCCCGGAGUCAGGGCACGGCCCAGUGCGCAGGGCUGCGGCAGCUGGACACCCGCCUGCCGGGGGCCUUUUUGGCCCUGAGCACCUCCAGCAAGGUCCAAGGCAUAGAGACCAAGGUGCUCAGGCCCCACGCGCUGUCCGAUAGCAGGGCCGGCCGAGGCCAGCUGACCACGGUGAACGGCGGGCAUCAGGAGCGGAACAUGGGGCUCACGCCAGACCCCCACGGAACCCCGACCCCGGCCGGCACCACAGCCACGCCUGGGCUGGUUCCAGACCUCGUGUCCAGAACCCCCUGGCCCGGCUGGGGUCUUCUCGCCCUGGCCUUGGCUGCGGGGGUCCUCGCUGCCACCUGUCUGCUCUGCGCUCUCCACUGCCGCCGCCGCCAGCGCCGCCGGAAACAGCCGGGGGACAAGGAGGCCGUGGGCCUGGGCCGCAUCUCCAGCUGCACAGCCGCGCACCUGGUGCAGCCAGAUGUGGACGCUUUGGAGGCCAGCGUUGGGGGGGCCCAGCAGCGGGGGCGCAUCCUGCUCUCUCUAGAGUAUGACUUUGCGUGCCAGGAGAUCAAAGUGGGUCUGAAGCGCGCCGCAGACCUGCGGGCCGAGGGCACCGCAGACCCCUACGCGCGCCUCAGCAUCUCCACCCAGGCCGGGCGAGGGCACGAGAGCAAGGUGCACCGCGGCACGCUCUGCCCCGUGUUCGAGGAAACCUGCUGCUUCCCCGUCCCGCGGGAAGAGCUGCCCCGAGCAGCCCUGCAGGUGCGGCUGCUGGACUUCAGGCGCUUCUCGGAGCACGAGCCUCUGGGGGAACUCCACCUGCCUCUGGCCGCCGUGGACCUCCAGCAUGUUCUGGAGCGCUGGUACCAGCUGGGCCCCCCUGGCACGGUGGAGCCCGAGCGGAGCGGCGAGCUGUGCCUGUCGCUGCAGUACGUGCCCGGCUCGGGCCGCCUGACGGUGGUGGUGCUGGAGGCCCGCGGCCUGGGUCCCAGGCUGGCAGAGCCCUAUGUGAAGGUCCAGCUCAUGCUGAACCAGAGGAAAUGGAAGAAGAGGACUACCUCUCCCCGGAAGGGCACAGCUGCCCCCUACUUCAACCAGGCCUUCAGCUUCCCAGUGCCAGCCAGUCAGAUCCAGAGUGUGGACCUGGUGCUAGCUGUCUGGGCCCGUGGCCCACAUCUCCGGGCUGAGCCUGUGGGCAAGGUGCUGCUGGGCGCCCGGGCCUCGGGGCAGCCGCUGCAGCACUGGGCGGACAUGCUGGCCCAUGCUCGGAGGCCCAUCACUCAGUGGCACAGUCUGCGGCCCCCCAGGGAGGUGGACGCUGUCCUGGCCUUAAAGCCCCGCCUGCGCCUGCCUGUGCCUGGCUCCUGA